CUGACAUAUAGCUACUGUAGUGUGGUCUUGGGAAAGAGUGUGUCAUGUAGUAACCUCUGGUUGUUACCAUCUCAUUCACCCCUGUAGCCCAAGUCUGACAUGGAGAGAUGUCCAGUACCUGAUAGUGUACACAGCUAAUCCUCAGCUGACUGCUGGUCCUCUGAUAAUAAAUGGAGCUGGUCUGGCAGUGAGUCAUCAGUAUGGGUUUGGAGUGAUGGAUGCUGAGGCCAUGGUCACCAGAGCUAGACACUGGAUCAAUGUACCUCCUCAGAUGCAAGAUAAUGUUACCAACAUCACACUGCAGCAAAUCCCAGGUGUUACAUAUGCAGAAUCACUCACCUAUAAUGGACCAAUCCGUUACCUGGAACAUGUAGUUGUCCGAAUCUCAGUCACCGUACCAACAAAUGUGCUUGACGUCGGAAGAGGAGAUUUGUUUAUAAACGUUACAUCACCAUCUGGGACACAUUCCAUUAUGCUUGGGCCACGGUUUAAGGACAAAGAGCCUGGUGGAUAUGUUGACUGGCCGUUUAUGUCAGUUAUGUUCUGGGGUGAGAACCCAACUGGACAGUGGACCCUCCACAUUAGAACAAUUCGCUUUCCAGGGAUAGCCAUUGUUACCAAGGUGGAGUUUGAGUUCUACGGAGUGUCUGAGGUGCCAGAGGAAGUGGCAAACAUUCCUGACCAGUGUCACUCUGACUGCAGCAGAGGGUGUGCUAGAGAGGGCUCCAACUUCUGUGACUCGUGUGUCAACCUCCGAAACUCACAUACUCUAGAGUGUAUAGAUCAAUGUCCGUCUGGCUACACUGAGCGUAGUGGUUACUGCUACAACACUACACUACCUCUUAAGGAGUGCAAUUCUCCCCUUAAGAACAAAGAAGGCACCGACUUCACUCAGACUACGAGCCUCUUACAUGUGCUGAGAAUGGGCACACCGAAUGUUGUCCUCCUAAUGCUUUUUGUGGUGCAGCCCUGUUUCAUCCACAUAAGUGCUUCUGUGAUACUCAUUGUUAUGAAUUUGAAGACUGCUGUGGGGAUUCUGCUGACAUUGGAUGCUCAGAGGCAAAUGUUACAAAGACAUUUCCUUACGUUAAUCUUGGAGUUACACCUGGUGUUGACACACAAUUUGUUGGUUCCUUGGGAUAUUCAUCAGAAAUUCCCGUGGCCUUUCCUUUCAUUUUCUUCAUACAAACCACACUUCAUGUAUUUCACAAUGGUUUCUUCAGAUUUGAAGCUGCAUUUCAAGAGGAGGUUCGAGUGGUGGCUCCAUUUCUUAGCGCAAAUGAACCUACAAGUGGUCUAGUUUCCUAUGAGAUUCAUUAUGGAAGCACAUCCGGUGAUAUUCUAUCUUUCGUCAGCUCAAUUAUUAAUGAACAUCAGGACAUUUUUUUCAACGCUACUUGGCUUCUUGUUGCCACGUGGGAGAAUGUAACACAAUUCGGAGGCGACCCUACACAGACAAACACUUUCCAGGGUAUAUUAGUCACGGAUUACGUCACAUCUUACACUGUCUUCACAUACUAUUGCGGCCACAUGAGUUACAGUGGAAGAAUUGGGUUUGCCCACACUGGGUUCAACGUUGAUGUCACCCAUGGAGCCUCACACAGAAACAAUUCACAUAAAAUAUCGUGCUUCAAUUACCCUGAAAGUGCAUGGGUGAAUUUGGUGUAUCGAAUAUCAGUUGUAGAAAACGAGUGUGAGGUGGACAACGGAGGCUGUGAGCAAUAUUGCACAGACACCUUCCUCUCAUACAAUUGUAGUUGCGAAGAUGGAUAUAUUUUGAGUGCUGAUGGACAUAAUUGCUCAGAUAUUGACGAGUGUUUAAGCCAGACCACGGAUGUGAAGAGGUUUGCACGAACACAGACGGAUCAUAUUGAUGAGUGCUUAGAUUUAGAUCACGGUUGUGAAGACGAGUGUGAGAAUACGGAAGGAUCUUAUGUCUGCAGAUGCAUGGCAGGCUAUGAGUUGGACACUGAUGAACGUUCAUGUCGAGAUAUUGAUGAGUGUUCGAGUUCCACGGAUGAGUGUGAACAAAGGUGUACUAACACCAUUGGUUCUUAUGUGUGCAACUGCAGUGCGGGAUACAGUUUGAUGUGCAGAUAUGGCCGACUGUGCCCAUCUGGAUGACGUGUUUGCUUGUCUAAAUUUAAAUGCGAUACGAACUGUGAGGCACACCGGGGAGGGCUUCCUAGGUCUGUAGCACGGUGUGGCGCAAGGGUAGGAACUGGAUACAGAUGGAUAUACGACUGCGCAGAUAUUGAUGAGUGUUUAGGAGCGCAGAAAGCGAGGAGUCCAUGUAAACCAUACACUGGAUCCUGCACCUGUAGCCCGGAACAGGGAAGGCUAUGAGCUCAAGAGUGAGGACGAACGUACAUGCAGGGAUGUUGAAGAGUGCGCAAGAGUGGCAUAGACACGAUUGUGAAUACCAAACUGCUGUACGAACACUGCGAGGGGUCCUAUAUAUGUAGCGGUCGAGAGGCUAUGCCCAUCUGAAUGAAGAUGGUGUAACCUGCUCUGUGUCCUGUAAUGGUACAUUUACUGAUCUUGUGGGCUCCUUCCAAACACCAAACUGGCCUGAGAGCUACCCCAUUGAGGAUUUCACCUGUGUGUGGGAAAUUACCAUUGACAUCUCUGAAGCCUCUAUUAUGAUCCUGUUCCAAGAGCCUUACGGUGUCUUUGGUAGUGAGCCUUGUGAAACAGACUAUGUAGAGGUAUUCUAUGGAGUAGGGAGCAAUACUACGUCUGUUGCAAAGCACUGUGGUGUUAGUGUUCCUGAUCGUAUUGUGGUGGACGGUAACAGAGCCACUGUUGUGUUUCGAGGGAGCAUGCACUCCCAGAUGAACAGACCUGGAGUGUCCGUCGUGUACCGAGCAAUUGUUGAAGAAUUACCUUUCAUUCCUCUACUGAAUGUGGAUGGUGCUGUGGCACGUGUAGACGAUGGAUUAUCAGAGCCAAUAACAAUUUCUAACGGAUUUCCUCUGGGACGCAUGCGUAAAUCCAGAGUCUAUGUUGGGACAAAUGGUUACUUCGCUUUCAGUAAUUUCACAGGAUUUACACCAUUUCCUUUUUCUGAGGGAAACGGACUUUCACUGGUGGCUCCAUUCUUUACCGACAUUGACAUCUCAAAGGGAUCUGGUAGAAUUGAGUACCAGGUACACGAUGAUCUAAAUGUGACGUUUUCAAGGGAAAUAGCAGAACAAGUCAAUCUUGUAAUAAGUACCAACAAACAAACGAAUUUCAGUUCUCAGUGGCUUCUGGUUUCAAAAUGGGAAGAUGUUUCACCAUACGGUAACUAUCAAAUUAAAGCUUCAUUCCAAGGUGUUCUUGCCACUGACCAUGAGAGAUCCUUUGCAAUCUUCAUCUACAAAUGUGAAGAUGAAAAUGCCAGGUUUUCCAACCGCGCUACUAUCGGUUACGUGACCAGUGCUGGUGUCUAUGCCAACCAUGAGGCAACAUUUUCUAAUAAUCCCUACUCCAUUUCUUGCCUGGAUUAUCCGGCUAGCCAAUGGACCAAUGUCAUUUAUGAGAUCCCAGCAAGUGAAGCUGGUUGCGAGUUUGACUGUUAACUUAGAGACUAAACCGUCAAGUCGGAAGUAGUGAUAUAUACAAUAGAAACUGUUUUAGAUACUAGCUAUGUACCUAUGUAACCUUGUGUGGUUCUAAACAGUUUUCGGGCUGAUUGUCUUCUGUUGAGAUUGA